AUGUUGCGAUGUUGCUGCAUUCUGCGCGACAAAUCCAUGUUCGCGGCGAAGCGGCGUGUGAUUGUGCCAAUUCAACCAACGCCCAACUUUCCCGCACACUUUAUUAAGGCCGCUUUCACAACGGAUCCUCUAAAGGAGAAACAGAAGGCGAGGUUUUCCUCCGGUGGUGAGGCGAUGCGUGAGGUACAGGAUAUUCCUAAGAAUCUUGAGGGUGAGCGGUCGCGGCGAGAGCUGAUGUCUCGCGGGGAUACGGAGUUUGAAGCCCUCGUAGAGUUUAUCCAAGGCGCCUCUUACGAUCAACUCAUCUCUGGUCGCCGCUUCAAGAAGGUGUAUGAUGCGCUUUCGGAGAAUGAUGAUAUGUUUGUAUGGCUGUGCCACACGGCGAUGUCUGUGCUGAACCCCGGCGAUGUGCGCUCGCGUCUUGUGUACCACCACCUGCGGACCCUCGCGGAGGCGGUGGCGGCGGGCGAAAUGACGCAGCGGACGGCCUUCCGCUUUUACGAGUCGGCGGUGCGGAGUCCGGCGUAUCGCGCGGUGGCGGCGCGGCAACUCGAGGCGGGCGCAGCGACGCGGCUGGCGGGCAUCAGCGCCGCGGCGGACGUCAUGCGGCGGAUGGGCCUCACGCGCCGGCCGAUGGCGUCGUAUUUUGAGUUGUACCAGCGGAUUGUGGAGCGGUCGGAGGCGAUGACGCCUUGGGGAUUCCCGCCGCUCUUUCAGUUCGAGGAGCGACUCUCGCUCGAGCCGAGACUCAAGUUCUUCUCACGCGCCGCACAGCAGACACUCGAGCGACGACGACGCGGCAACAUCAUGUCGCCGCACACCAUUCUGCAGGGCCGACGCAUCUUUUGGAUCCCACCAACGUGGAACCGCGCCGGCCGCUUCUUAGGACCACACGUGACGCUCUACCCCGGUAUGACACCAGACUAG